UUGCAAACGACAGAGAGAGAAAUUCUCUUGUUGCUUUUCUCCGGAGGUGUAAACUUUCUUCUUCUUCUUCUUCUUCUUCUUUCUCUCUCUGUUUUUCAAUAGAAAACAAAGUACAUAUCAAUGGCUAAAGAGAAAGCUGAGAAAGAGAAGAAGCUGUUUGUCGGAGUUGUAUGGAACUACACAGCAGAGCUGAAGCUACUGCUAACAGCUCUGUUGAUCCUCUGCACAUUAGCCACUCUUCUCCAGUUCAUUCCGUCAAGGUUCACCAUCUCCACCUCUGAUCUUCGCUUCUGCAUCUCCCGGGUUCUUACUCCAGCCCAAACACAGUCCCAGGCCCAAGCCCCGGCCAACCAAGUCAUAGCAGCAGAGCUAGUCUCAGCACCAGCACCUUCUUCCCCACCACCACCGCCCCCGCCGCCACCGCCGCCUUCUGUUGAGUUAGACCAGGUGCUCAGCAAUGGCGUCAUUAAAAGAGCUUUCAACCCCUACGGCUCGGCGGCUUACAGCUUCGUCACCAUGGGUGCUUACAGAGGAGGCCUCAACACUUUUGCCAUUGUGGGUUUGGCCUCAAAGCCUCUUCACGUCUUCUCAAAUCCCAAAUACCAAUGCCAGUGGGUGCCCAAUCUCAAUUCAAGCCAACCCACUUCCACAGUUGGGUACAAGAUGCUCACAGAUUGGGGCUAUGGCCGAGUCUACACAGUCGUGAUUGUGAACUGCACUUUUGCUCAGCCCAUCAAUGUCGACAACUCCGGCGGAAAAUUGCUCCUUCUCGCCUCCACCGGCGGCGGCGGUGACCGAAGCUUCAACACCACCGACACAAUUGAGGCCUUGACUGAAGCACCGGGAAGUUUAAACACCGGUUUGUUCACUUCAAGGCCCAAGUAUGAUUACUUGUAUUGUGGGUCUUCUUUGUAUGGGAAUUUAAGUCCUCAGAGAGUGAGGGAGUGGAUUGCUUACCAUGUGAGGCUGUUUGGACCUAGAUCUCACUUUGUGAUUCAUGAUGCUGGUGGGAUUCAUGAGGAGGUGUUGGAGGUGUUGAAGCCAUGGAUGGAGCUGGGCUAUGUGACCCUGCAGGACAUUAGAGAGCAGGAGAGAUUUGAUGGAUAUUAUCACAACCAGUUCAUGGUGGUGAAUGAUUGCUUGCAUAGAUAUAAGUUCAUGGCUAAGUGGAUGUUCUUCUUUGAUGUUGAUGAGUACAUCUACAUGCCACCCAAGAGCAAUAUUAAGUCGGUGCUUGAUUCUCUCUCUGAUUACACCCAGUUCACCAUUGAACAGAUGCCCAUGAGCAAUAAGCUCUGCCUCUCUGAAGAUUAUCGCAAAACUUACAGGAAAUGGGGCUUUGAGAAACUUGUGUACAAAGAUGUGAAAAGAGGAAUUAGAAGGGACAGAAAAUACGCUGUGCAGCCGCGUAAUGUGUACGCCACAGGAGUGCACAUGUCACAGAACGUAGCAGGGAAGACGACCCACAAGACAGAGAACAGGAUCAAAUACUUCCAUUACCAUGGAACCAUUGCCAACAGGAGGGAGCCAUGCAGGCAGCUGGUCAACGCGACUGAGACAACCGUUGACAAAAUCCCUUAUGUUAUGGACACCACCAUGAGAGAUGUUGCUGGCUCUGUCAAGAGGUUCGAGCUCAGAAUGAUUGGAAACAGGUUACAAAAGACCAGGCAAUGAGAGCACAUAAAUUUUUUCCACUUUUUUUUUUUUCCUUUUUCCUUUGCAUUGUUCUUUUUCUUUUUUCUGUUAUUUUUUUGGUAAUUUCAUGUUUAAUUACAGUUGUAGAACAGGAAAUUCUUUGGUUUAGGGUUCAGA